AUGCAGAAGAGUGCUUCUGGUGCUGGAGGAAAGGGAAAUCUCGACGAUGCCGACUUUUAUGACAAUCUUUUUACGGAGCCCGAGAAGCCGACAUCUUUGAAGAAGAGUACGAAGAAGGGCAAGUCUCUGGACAACGAUGAAGAUCCAUUCCUGGAACACGAUCCCCUCUACAUUCUGGGAACUUUGAUAGUCCGGGUUGUGGCUGCUCGAGACUUGCCAGCAGCAUCGAAUGGUGGUGGCCUGGGGGAUUUCUUGUUUGGAGGAGGGAAAGGUUCCGCCAAUCCUUAUGCAUCGGUCAAUUUUGGCUGCAGCACUCAGCGAACGUCCAACCUACAUGACACUCUGGAUCCUGUUUGGCCACGAGGAGAAACCAUGUUCAUGGAUGUGGCGCUGCCUCUUUCCAAUGUGACACACCCUCAUGCCAAAGCUACAUGUACGAAACCCCCAACAGCGGACAACACAAAAGAUGCGGAACCACCAAUCGACGAAACACCUCCAAUACAACCACCAAAAAACCUCGCUGAUGGCUGUGCUUCGCUCGACAUUCCACGUCCAAUUUUGACGGUUGCGCUAUUCUCAGCAGAUGAGAGAGGAAACAACAAAAAAUAUAACCCUUCCAAAGGCAAUGCCAUGUCGGGGGAUUCGGAUGACGAGUUUUUGGGUGUGGCUUCUGUUGAUCUCACCCCACUCCUUACUGGGAAAAAGCCAAUACUCGACUCUUGGUUGCCUCUUUCAGCUGCAUCUGGGUCAAUACGCGUCAAUGUGGAGUACGAGCCAACUGACGUUUCACCUAGUGUUGGUGAUAAGGUCCAGUUUACACGCUUUUGCCAUCCCGCAGAUCUGUUCCCUUUGGUGCCAGGACAGACAUACACAGUACAGGGAGUAGUGGAUGAGGAUCGAAUACUCCUGGGGUAUACCAGCCAAGAAGGUUGGAUCUGCUCGUUCCUGUGCCACAAAAACAUGGUGAUUUGCGUUGAUCGAAAGCACGGCGCGGUAGAGGUCUGCAAAGAAGAAUGGCAAUCGAUUACAGAACGAUUGGCACAUUCGCCAUUGGUUGGGACGGUCCAACAAGCAGUGGAGAAACUUCCAGAAGAGGGUCUGCUUACAAUUGGGGCCAGCACAAUCCAAGGAGGAGCACACCUAAUCAACAGGUGGCUAGAACACGGACUUGACACGGCGGUCGAAGAUGUGGCCUUUGCGACCAACUGGGAUGGACGGUUCAAUCCUGGCGGGGAAGGCAGCAUGGCCAACCUGGAACUGUCGAACAACAACGACACUGCAAACGAAACCGCGGGCAAUACUUCCCCGGCCGAGAACACCUUUUCGCCAGAGACAGGAGCCACAGCAGCAUAUGCACCGACUCCGAGUGCAAAUAGUCAUGACAAAGCUGCGCUUCCAAAUAUGCCAUGUUGCCCAAUUACUGGUGAACCCAUGAUUGAUCCUGUAGUAGCGGGUGAUGGGCACACUUACGAGCGCGCUGCUAUUGAGAGGUGGCUUCAGACGAGUGACAAGUCGCCUCUGACAGGGUCUAUUCUUCUGCACAAGCAAUUGGUGCCUAAUUACGGCCUGCUUUCGUCGCUGCGCGAGCAAGCCGAAGCAGUCAGAGACAAUGCCACUACCCCACAACCGGAAGGAUCAAUUGAUUGAGGACAGACAGCGAGUGAAUGCAUGGACUCGUUCACCCUGGUGGGCCACAUACACAGACGAGAUAGAAGAUCAUAAGCCCUACAGUAGCUAGCCAGAGGUCCAAGUUACUCUUGGCCAUUUUCUGUCUCUACCAGCUCUACAGGUGCAUAAACCGGUUUCCUCUUGUUCCACCACGAGAUUAUACAGGUACGGGAUUGCAUCCCCUCAUACACAGACGAACGAACGCGCCACCCCCAACAUACAGAACUCCAUAUAUUAGAUCAUAACACACUGGGGUCUAAGUUAAUAUGGCCACUAGCCUAUGUGUCUUUCGUUU